GCGCAGUUGCGGAGCUGCGCUCACUGCGCCUGCGCACGGCUUCCCCGCCGCCGCCGCUCGUUCCGCUCCGCACCGCCGCGCCGCUGAAUGGCCUGCGGUGCCUCCGCCAGCCGGGAGUUGGCCGCCACUCAGCACCGAGAGCCCCGCUGACUUGCCCUCUUUUGGCCGGAACCCCACCGCCUGGGCCCGCGCGGGAGAAGCGGAGCCGGUGAGGGGAGCGGCGACCCCGCCGACCGCGGUCUCUUUCCCUGGCGGCGGCGGCUUCUUCCGUGGGACAAUAUGUUCAAGAGAAUGGCCGAAUUUGGGCCUGACUCCGGCGGGAGAGUGAAGGGGGUUACUAUUGUUAAACCAAUAGUUUAUGGUAACGUUGCUCGCUAUUUUGGGAAGAAGAGAGAAGAAGAUGGGCACACCCAUCAGUGGACGGUGUAUGUAAAGCCAUAUAGAAAUGAGGUAGAUUCAUAAUAUGCAAAGGUAAAGAAAGUAAAUCAGUAAUUUAUAAUGUUUUCCCCUUUCUCUUCAGUUGUUACUAAGCCUCCAUAUGAAAUUACUGAAACAGGAUGGGGUGAAUUCGAAAUAAUCAUCAAAAUAUUUUUCAUUGAUCCUAAUGAAAGACCUGUAACCCUGUAUCAUUUGUUAAAGCUGUUCCAAUCAGACACCAACGCAAUGUUGGGGAAAAAAACAGUUGUCUCAGAGUUCUAUGAUGAAAUGAUAUUUCAAGACCCAACAGCCAUGAUGCAACAAUUAUUAACAACGUCUCGUCAGCUAACUUUAGGAGCCUAUAAGCAUGAAACAGAAUUUGCAGAACUUGAAGUGAAAACCAGAGAAAAAUUAGAAGCUGCCAAGAAAAAAACAAGCUUUGAAAUUGCAGAGCUUAAGGAGAGAUUAAAAGCAAGUCGUGAAACAAUAAAUUGUUUAAAAAAUGAAAUCAGGAAACUUGAGGAAGAUGACCAGACAAAAGACAUAUAAGAAGUGCUGAAGAGAACCAGGUAGUGAGCUAAUACGGCAAACUUUGUGGAGAAGCGGGCUUAGCGCAAGUGCCGUGAUGUUCCGUACAGGGGCUGCAUAUGUAGCUGUCAACUGUGGAUUUCUCAGCAAUGCAGUGAAAAUAUUCUGUUCAGUCUUUAAUGGAAAAUAUAUGUGUAAUAAGAAUGAAUGCUAUGUAGGACUCUUACCGAUCCAUUUUAGGAAGAUUCUAUAAUGUUAAGCACAAUUUUUGAAAAUUUUUAUUGGCAUAUACGAGUAGGUUAUUUCCUUUUGGCAAACAUCAAAAUGUCAUUAUCAGGGGCUUGGGGGUUAGCUCAGUUGUUUAAGCGCCUGCUGGGGCAAACCUAGUCAGGCGCAGGGGACCGCGGUUCGAUCUGCAGCU